AUGAAACCAUUCACAGAUGAAGAUGCAGAAAUCUACAUCCAGACCAAGGUGGAACAGCGGCAUUAUUUGGUUUCCAAAGCAGUGGAGGAGGUGCAGAAAAUCAUCCAGCAACUGACCGCAGAAAUCAGCUAUAAGGCCACGCGAUUCCAGGCUAUCUCCAACGCUGGUAUUCACAAUGAGAAUAUUAAGGAUCAGCCAGCUUUACUGGCCAAGUGGUCAGCUAUGCUUCGGGGGAAGCGCCCAUUCCACCCAUCCAUCCAGGUCUUAGCACCCAGUCAAUUCCUCAUCACAGUCCCUCUGCGUGGCCUGACUGGGUACAGGGAGUGCCAGGUACGGCACUGGCGUUAUUACACUGUGCAUGGAGCCAAGCUCCUCUCCUCCGUGCGGGACCCCGAGGAACUGCAUCAAUGGCUAGAGGUGGAGCAAUUCUCAAAAAGCCUUCAGCAGUGGCAUGAAAAGGAUGUCAACAUCGAAGGUGAUCUGGUUCCAGCCAAAGUCCUUAUCGUCUUCCGGGAGCUGGUGGAGAAGUCAAUUAUCUCCUGUAACCUCUCCAGUAAAGUGACAGUGCUGGAGAGCUUCAGCUCAGUAGUCCGGGUGGCUGUGGAGACAUCAGAGUCCCAGGUCGAGGUGGAGCUGGUCCCUGCUGUGGAGAUUCCAACUUGCUGGCCUAAGAAAGCUCAGUGGCCUCGUUGUCUUAAGCGUUGGCCUUCCCAGGAGAAAGUGCAGUGCAUUAAGUCUCUUGGUUUCGACCUUUUGGCCCGCUCCAAUUAUCACUGGCAGCUGUGCUUCUCCCGUGCUGAGCGUAUGCUCAUGGAAGGCCUCGAUGAAGAUGGUGGUUGUCGCAUGAAGUGCUUCAGAAUCAUGAGGCAGAUGAAGGAAGAUGUUUGGUGUGCUGGAAAUAAGCCUGUCAUCACCGCUUAUCACCUUCAGACAGUGCUAUUCUGGACGUGUGAAAAAUACCCACGCACCAAGGAUUGGCGCUGCUUCCGCGAAGCCUUUCUGAGGCUGGUGCAGAAGCUGCACAAGUGCGUAAGCCAGCACUUCCUCAAGCAUUACUUUGUCAAGAACACCAACCUGCUCAAAUAUGCCAACACCAGUGACCUGGACCUGGUGGCCAGCAAGCUCACGGUCUUCCUGGAGAACCCUGUCUUCUGCCUGGACUAAGUCAGGAGAAGACCUCCUCAGCGAUCCCCUGCCUCCUCUCCCCACCGGUGGUUGUUCUUCGUGUCCUUCCA